UCCUGCUUGAUCACUGGACACAUCGAAGUGAUUCUGCUUUUUGGUUGACACGUAUAUUAAAACCAUGGCCAAUGGUGAAUCAGGCAAGAUUAUUGUAUAUCAUCUUUGGACCAAUAUCUCCUCAAGAUGGACAGGUGGUUUGGCAGAAAAUGAUAGAAGGACCUACAGAUGAAUCCAGUCUGAAAGGUUUGGCUGAUGCUAUUAAAUUACUGUAUGACACAAGCACCAAAGAGUGGACGGCAGAUGAUGUUAUCAGUCUUGUAGAUGAACUAUCAGUGGUUCCCCGUGAGUGGCUUCUAGAGAAUAAUGCACGUCUCCUAAUCCUAAGUGGGAACAACAUCUGUUUCACUUUCAUGGCUAGUAAAGCUGUGAAUGGACGGGCCAUUGAACUGGCAAAGCUGAUAGUCUUUUUGGCUUUGGUGUGUGAGAAAGAACUAUACUGCAUGGAUUGGGCAGUUAAAAUGAUGCAAAAAGUCUGUAAAGUCUUUAGCACUCCCAUGGAGAGAAAUAACUUCCUGCAGAGUGUGGCGAAUGCAUUUGCAUGUGUUAUAAUGGAAAUGCUGCAGGCAGUUAUGUCCGGAGACCGUGAUGAAGACGACAGAAGCUUUCUGAAUUUGUUCCAUCUUGUGCACGCUCAGGCAAACUUCCAUAAGGAGGUCUUGUAUUUGACCAUGAAUACUCUCUCUACCUAAAUACUCAGAAAGCCUUGCAUUUAGAGAAUACCUCACCGAACAAACAAUUGGAAGAGUUCUACUUUUCCACACUCAAAGAAUAGCAUCCAUGGGACUUUUUAUCACCUAAAUAACCUAACAACUCCAAAGCUGCACAGAAUUUUAGAAGCAACUGCUUGCACCAUUAUUAAUAUAAAAAUUACAGGCAAACCCAAGAGUGUUUUGAGAUUUCUCCAGAAAACAAGCUGUGUCUCUCCAGAUUUUGGUAAACCUAACACCCAACUAAAUAGAGCACUAGUGUCCAAGAAUCGGGGGCCAACCUGUAUGUGUGGAUGUUUGAAGCAAGAGAAAAUUCUGUUCUGUAAGUAGAGGUGACUCAAAUUCACUAAAUGGCUUGUAUCUGUUCGCUUUGCUUAGGUUGUAUAGACAUAACCUAGAAUGCUUGAUAAAGAUCUGCAAUAUGAUGCUUUGGAAUGUGUAGAUAUAAAUCACAUUUUUUCACCACCUUAUAGAACAUUAUAUUUUGUUGAUGUUUUA